AUGGAGGAGGAGAGUUUAAAAGUGUGUGACUAAUGUAGUUAGUUGGUAUCUGGAGUGAGCCGAAGUCUCCUGACCAGCCCAGUCCUCCGGAUCCCCUGGUGUGGGAAGCACAUACAUGCGCCAGCCAGUCUGAAGCUCCGGGUGUGUGAGUGCGAUCAUGGCCGGGGGCUCGGUGUCCGAGUGCAGGGAGCACCUGUUCAAGGUCCUGGUCAUCGGGGAGCUGGGCGUCGGGAAGACCAGCAUCAUCAAGCGCUACGUGCACCAGCUCUUCUCGCAGCACUACCGCGCCACCAUCGGCGUGGACUUCGCGCUCAAAGUCAUCAACUGGGACAGCAAGACCCUGGUCCGGCUCCAGCUGUGGGACAUCGCAGGUCAGGAGCGGUUCGGGAACAUGACCCGGGUUUACUACAAAGAGGCCGUCGGCGCCUUCGUGGUGUUCGACGUGACCAGAGGCUCCACGUUUGAAGCCGUGUCCAAGUGGAAGCACGAUCUGGACAGUAAGGUGAAGCUGGCCAACGGCAACCCCAUCCCCUCGGUGCUGCUGGCCAACAAGUGCGACCAGAAGAAGGACGGCUCCAACAACACUGCGCUCAUGGACAAUUUCUGCAAAGAGACAGGAUUUCUGGGCUGGUUCGAGACCUCUGCCAAGGACAACAUCAACGUGGACGAGGCGGCCCACUUCCUGGUAGAGAACAUUCUGGCCAACGACAAAGGGCUGCCGUACGAGGAAAGCAACGGUGAUCGGAUCAAGCUGGACGAGGAGCCCAGGGCUGCAGAGAGCAAGCCGGGCUGCUGCUAACCAUCCACGCUUUCACCCAAACCUUGUGUGGUUCCAUCCGCACUCAUGCUGUCGAUCAUUACUCCUCCCCGGCCACGACCCGAUUCUUCUUACUCUCAAACAAACAUCCAGGCCUGAACCAGACUGUUCAGCAGACAGAUAUGUCUCAUUAUUUAUCAUCAGGUUUAAGGUUCCUCCUCGCCCUAUUUUUACUCCCGGUGUGAGUUUUUCACACUGCUGUACUCUAGUUAUGACACAAUUUUAAAAAGUGACAAGCUUUCCAUGUGGAGCAUAUUCUGGUGUCACCCUUGUAUAUACUGAGCUGAUCCGAUGAGACUAUGAAGGUUUUGUUUUUUGACAUGUGCUUUCUUUUUGAAAAUACACUAAAAUCUGUUGAAAAAACAAUUGUGACGUAAUAAACGUUUUA